UGUCUUGAACACGUCUUCGGAAGAUCAUAUUUUAGGUGCACCUGCUUGGCUCAGUGCAGCCAUUCGCGGGAAGCCGGACUGGUGGGUGAAGUACCGAGACGGCAAGGUACGGGCGAAGUGGAUGCAAGAGAUCAUGGAGCAGCAGAAGGACCUUCACCAGAGUUUGCAGCUUACUGACAACAUGAUUAACUACAUUAUGGGCGAACUUGAGGCCUACGCUGCCCUUCGAGAUCCAGAGACAGGCAUUGAGGCCGGCCCGUACGAGCGCAUCUGGCAGUCAGACCAACUCAUACCUGCAUCUUUGAAGAGCGCCCUCGUUUCAGCAAUCGCCCCGCUUGAGUCCGUCCCGGACUCGGAGAAGGACUGGCAUCCCGGCUCUGACGGUAAGGUGCUCGACCUUGUCCAUCCGUCACUCUACCCUGUCGUGUAUGGUCGUACCACUGCCCGCGGUAAGGAGCCGCUCCAGCCUCGCGCGACAGAUGUCGCUCCUAUGUUCCGGUCGGAGCGAUUCCAAUGGCUGCCCUCGGACUUCUACGUCAAAGAGGACGGAACUGUUACCCUGGUCUCGCCGUACAUCAACAACGUGCACCCAGAAGACCACAAAGCACUGACUGAGGUCAUUCCGCGAGUGAUGGAGAAGGCUGUGCCGAUGUUCGAAAGAGUGCUGUCUGACCUAGCGCGGGGGAGACAGCUCCCCACGCGCUUGGAUUUGAAGGGGCACAAGUUCCCAGAGUGCGUGUGGCCAGACGGCUAUGAGCCUGGUCUAGAAGAGGAUGACCGAGCACGUAUGUGCGAGGAGGAAAUGCGGCUACAAACGGAGGACCACGAACGUUGGCAAGUAGAGUAUGAGAGGUUCCUCGACGAUCAUCGGGAGGCAUUUCUAGCCACUCAUCCUGGCAAGGACGAUGAAUACGAGCCGCCAUCGCUCGCCGAGCGGCCCGAGUACAACCAGAAGCCUUAUUACGAUCAACUGUCCGACGAGUGGCUGGAUAGACAGGAGAAGCGCUGGCCAGAUAGCAAGCCGAGUUACAAUGGCGGGCUGGACGAGGUGAAGAAGGCUAUCGACUUGCGGGGGAAGACGCCCCAGGUCAUCGUGAAGCUAGCGAAUAUCAUGCUGACCCCCGAUAAGCCCGAGUAUGCAGGCGGAACGUGGCACGUAGAAGGGAUGGACAACGAGGCAAUCGUGUCGACAUUCAUCUAUUACUACGACACCGAGAAUAUCACGGAGUCGACCUUAUCCUUCCGCAACGCAGUGAACGAGCCGCGGUAUCACGAGCAAUGGGACAUCUAUUGCAUGCAGCAUCUCUAUGGGAUCCUACAGUUCGAGAAAUGCGUACAGGUCGUCGGACAGGUCGUCACUAAGCAAGAUCGGUGUAUCGCCUUCCCCAACCUCUAUCAGCACCUCGUCUCCCCGUUUCGCCUUGCUGACCCGACGAAACCGGGCCACCGCAAGAUCCUCGUAUUCUUCCUCGUCGACCCGAACAUCACUGUCCCGUCCGCGUCGAGCGUGGCGCCACAGCAAGAGUCUUGGAUCCGCCGCACCGUGGAGGAUACAAACAUGUGGUGGAGGCUCCCUACCGAGCUGCAGGAGAUGAUAUGGGAGCGGCUGGACCCGAUGACGGACGAGCAGGCGAAAAAGUAUCGCGAGGAGCUCAUGCAGGAGCGUACACUGAUCGUGCAGAUGGUCGAUAACCAGAGGUUCGGGCGCGGGUUCAAUCUAUGCGAACACUAAGUACUGAGAGCUGAUGUGCCAGUGCACCUAUCAAUGAAUGUUCGACUCAUGUUCACGCGAUACCCUGGCUACUGGCACCCUCAGC